UCCUCCUCCUGUACGAGCAGACUGUGUCACCCCGACCCGGAAGGUGUCACCGCCGCCCACGCCCGCUCCCCGCCUCCCUCACUAGGACGCCGUUUCCCCGGCUGUCACUGCCGCACACGGCCCGUCCGGAGGAAACAGGAGUUGGCGAUCGAAAGCAACAUCAUCUGUAAGAAUGGUCAACUCAGUAGCUGCCUCAUACAGUACUAUCUAUAGGAAUGCUUGUCCUGCACAGUUUAUACCCUAAGCUUUACAUCCUCUCUACCUGGUGUGGACUCCUGUUUCAACAUGGCCGAUAAAAAUACAGCAAUGAAAAGGAAAGCAGUUUUCCAGAAAAAACUACAGAGCUAUUUAGCAGCACUUCCCUUUAUGUUUUCCAUUGCAUUUCUUGCAAGACUGGCUCUCAUAUUCUAUGGUGUUUACCAGGACACCACAAUGUUGGUGAAGUACACUGAUAUUGAUUACCAUGUCUUCACGGAUGCUGCUCGAUAUAUCACUCAGGGAUCGUCUCCUUAUGAGAGAUCAACCUAUCGUUACACACCAUUACUCGCCUGGAUGUUAACCCCAAACAUCUAUCUGACAGAAGUUUAUGGAAAGUUAUUGUUUGUGUGCUGUGAUCUAAUAGCAGCAUUCCUAAUCCACAGACUCCUCAUCUUCCAAGGCCUGGACAGUAGCUCUGCUUGCAAGUAUAGUGCUUUCUGGCUCUUCAACCCAUUGCCUAUGGCUGUGUCCAGCAGGGGGAAUGCAGAAUCGGUCAUAGCUGUUUUUGUCUUAUCAGCUCUGUAUUACGUGAAGAAGCGUCACCUUGUAAAGGCUGCACUCCUCUAUGGUCUCUCAGUGCACAUGAAGAUCUAUCCUGUGACUUAUCUAUUGCCCAUUGCAUUGUCUCUACAAACACCAAAAAAGGCAAACAAGCCACAUAUAGCAAGUGGAUCUGUACUUAAACUCUUCAGAACUUUAUGGGGGCUCUUCCUGAGACUCCUCAACUGGGACACUCUAACCUUUGGAAUUGUAUGCAGUUUUACCUUUGGUACACUAAGUUUGGUCUUCUACUUUAGUUAUGGCUGGGAGUUCCUGGAGCACACUUACCUCUAUCACUUGACAAGGAGAGAUAUCCGACACAAUUUCUCACCAUACUUCUACAUGCUUUACCUAACAGCGGAGAGUGAUUGGAGCUUUGCCCUUGGCCUUGUUGCCUUUCUACCUCAGAUAUUGCUGCUAACUAUUGUAUCUCUAGCCUAUUACAAAGACCUGGCCUUCUGCUGCUUCCUGCACACUGCUAUCUUUGUGAGCUUCAAUAAAGUGUGCACAUCUCAGUAUUUCCUAUGGUACCUUUCCCUUUUGCCAUUGGUUAUGCCCAGGCUGAAUAUAUCAUGGCAGCAGAGUACAUUUCUUCUUCUGUUAUGGUUUGGUGGACAGGCAAUAUGGCUAGCUCCAGCCUACUUUCUAGAAUUUGAAGGACUUAACACAUUCCUACUAGUUUGGCUGGCUGGACUGGCCUUCCUCAUAGUAAAUAGUUAUGUUCUCGCCCAAAUCAUUGUCAGCUAUAAUGACCAUAAGAAAAAUGUUACAAAACAUAAAAUCCAGUAACGUGUGUUGGUCAUCUAGGUCACAGCGCCGUCUCUUCUGUUCAUUAUUCUUCAUUGAGGUCAUUUUCCUAAGACAUUUGAUUAAUAAGUGACCAUUUUACAUUGUACUUGGGCUGUGUCCAUAUUGAGCAUUGUUGAUUCAUCAGAUUUUACAGCGAGAACAGUGCCUCAUUAAAGACAAGUGAAAAGAUACAGAAAACCCAGUGGAUUUGGUGAAUUACAGAGGUCAUUUACUGCAGACAAGGGGGUUAAAGGGGUACUCCGCCCUUAGGCAUCUUAUCCUCUAUACAAAGGAUAGGGGAUAAAAUGUCUGAUCGUUGGGGGGGUGGUGUCUGGCCGCUGGGAUCCCCUUGCAAUCUUCAUCCUGGCACGCUGGCGUUUUGAACAUUUAUGUUCAGAAUGCUGGCUUCAGGCGACCAUGGUCAUGAAGUCACGCCCCCUCCAUAACAUCACCACCGCCCAAAGCCAGCGUUCUAAACAUUAAUUUUCAGAAAGCCGGGUGCCAGGCCAGAAAUCUGAGAUUGUUCAGACAUCUUAUCCCCUAUGUGGAGUACCCCUUAGGCGGCGUACCCCUUUAAUGGAAUGCAUUUUCUUAAGAGAAAGCAUUGCUGUAACUAUAAGGCUAGGUUUUUUUCUGUUUUAACUCGCUGCAGUUUUGAGCCAAUGCCAGAAGUGGAUCCAGUAGGAAGGAGAAGCAUAAGUCCUUCCUUUAUAUUUCCCAUUCCUUUUGAAUAUACUUCCGACUCAAAAACUGCAGUUUUCUAAAAAAAUGCCCAAAAAAACAACCAUGGGUAGAAACCUAGCCAAACAGUGGUUUUACACACCAUUUUGUGGCAGUUUUCUUUUUGCUACAAAAUGGUUUACAAAUAGUUUCAUGCAGUAACUGAUUCUGGAUAUAAUCCUAGGGAUAAAAGAUGCAGUAGUGUUUAUUGCCUCUGUACUGCUCUCUGCCAGGCAUCAGUGGGCACUAUACACCCUGUACCCAUGUAUUGUUCUAACUACUGAGUAGGAGAUCCAGACUUUAUAAACCUCAGGGACAAAAAUAAUAAUAAUUUCUGUUAGAAGAAAAAUGUACUGUCCAUUGUAAGGGUUUUUAUACGUUAUAUGCAGAUGUACUUUAGUAAUAAAAGACUGUUUAUUUAACCUGGUUGUUGUGGAUUACAUAUUUGUAAAAAAGCUGGGUUCAAGUUCUUAUAUACUCUUUAAAAGGAUGGAACCGUAUACAUCAACAGACAAACAAAAUGUUUAGGUGCAAAAUAUUUUCAGAUUUAUAAAGCAAACCAGACAAAAAGAAUAAAGUUUUGCACUCUGUCCAACAGGUGGGUGGAGCUGAGAUAAAAUGGUUGGUGCAAGUAAAUCUACAUAGUCUAAAAGGUGCACCAGAUUUUUAAACAGCCUGUGCCAUUUUUAGAAAUCUGGUGCACAUAAUUUAUUGAUUGCCCCCUCUAUAUGGUUGAAAAAAUACCCCUCUGUGAUGGUCAUAAUGUUGCAUCAUAUUUGAGCAAUAAAGACGUGUUUUUGUGCAUUCUGGCGAUGCUGGUACAUCUCUAUAGUUUCUUCUAUAAGUGACAUCAGUGAACAGAAAUAAUACUCAUUAGAGAUGAGCGAACUUACAGUAAAUUUGAUUCGUCAGGAACUUCUCGGC